UGACGUGCAGGUCUAGCUUAUGUGUGGGGUGUCGCGGGCCAACAUGUCAGCUUCGAGUGGCAACGAAACUGCGCGGUUAGGAAGUUAUGCAAAAAAGCAGACGAAAUAUGGCAGCACUUGUAACCACGUAUUACGUACCGGUAAGACUAUCAAACACUUGGUGCAACCGAACGACACCCUGCAAGGGCUAGCGCUUCGAUACGGUGUUACGAUGGAGGACAUAAAACGUGAAAACAAGUUGUGGACUAGUGACAGUUUAUUCCUCAAGACCUGGCUGGACAUCCCUGCAGUGCACAAUUUUCACAGGAGUGACGAAGACUUGUGUGUGAGUAAUGGUGGAAGUGCGGACAAGCAGCCCUCAGUGCAUGGACAGAGUGGCGGGGCACGGUUACUCCCUUCAUCAGAAGAAGAGGACAGCCGGCAAGGAGAAGAGAGUAUGAGAGACUUUCUCUGUAGGAUAGACGACUCUAUUGCACGCUCCAAGGAUCAGAUCAAGGUCUUGGAACGCAACAUUGGGUACCCAGCCGACGACCUCUUCUUGAACCGGUCACGACCCACAGCCAAUUCACUGCACGCGAGGAAAAGCAUAGGGUCGUCUUCGAUGAGCGAUCUCUCUGGAGAUCCUUCCUUGGCACCACAUCCUGUUGUCAUGACGCAGGGCCGCAAAGUAAAGUCAUCUCUGCAGAGGCACGAGCGAGAGCAUGAGGAGAUCUUUGAGCUGUAGUCACACGGUCACUGGUAGUCACCAUCUCUUUCAUUACUGACUGUCGCAAAAGACUCUGCCUCAUCUAUGCAUGGGAAUUUAAUAUGUUGAGUGUCAAGAAUCCCCUUCUCUGUUGUGCAAACACAGUUGACACUAUAGAGAAGAGCAUUAAAGGGCUUGUAGUUAGGGUACUGUACUGUACUUCUGAAUUGCUCCUCUACUUAAUUUUAUUGUCCGUGAUAAUUCUUCUGGUCCUGUUUCUAUUUUCUGUGGGGGGCGUGGUGCAAUCAUAUAAGGCUGUGCUGCUUAAAAGUGGUUCAGUCCACAUUGUUUUAUUACACAAUGUAAUUUAAUAUGUGGUGAUAUUGGAAAGGUGUAGUAUGCGAAAGAGUAACUUAGCACUGCACAGACCCUCUGCAGUCUUCCAGAACCCUAAGAAGUGUGCUUUUGAGCCACUGUUGUUGCACCAGGAGCAGGUAGGGUAAUAAAGUCCAUCAAUGAGCACAGUGAAUUCUGCAGGUGAUAGCGGGUACCUCCCUUGGUGCUUACAGUGUAGUACGUCUGAUCCAGGAAAGCAUCUGACUGUUGCUUACUGUAGUGUGUUUGCACGUUGCAAGAGCGCUCAUUGAACUGGCUGCCACGGAUAUGCCCUAAUUUCUUGCUGUUUUUUUUUUCUUGCUUUUUUUUCUACAGGUCAUUUUCCUCUUGUUGAGUCAAAAACUAAGUCAACUAAUGAAAAGCAUAAAAUUUCCUUCGGUCUUUAUCUUGUAUUUCCCCCACAAAGCUACGCACAAGCAUUUUUUUGCGUUGCCAAACAUAGAUCCUCACCGGAUGACUUAUGGAACUGAGAAUAUUCUACUACUGCCAGUAGAACGGCAUGUUUUGUUGACACUCUGGUAUACUGUCUGAAUGGCUCAGGCAGAUUAUUUUAUGCUUUGAUGGGGCACAGGAACAAGAACUUCAACGUGUCUAUGUUCUCGUGCAGUAUCAUUACAAAGUCAUCACACGCGGCAUGAUGGUGUUCCGAAGACGUUUGCCUGAAAAUAUAUUAUUGUUAUCCCAGAUGCUGUAACACUUCCCACAGGAUGGGAUGUAUGUUCCUACAGGUGUCACUCUGAAGACCAGGGACCUCUUGCACAAACAUUCAGCAUACCGUAUAAGUGUUUUUUUUGUUUUUUUUUCACAUGGAAUUAUUUUUCGCGUUUUUCCCAUGUGCUCCCAAAAUCGCGAAUUUAGGUUCUCACGAACAUGACAACCAAUAUGACGCUCAGAACGUACAAGAAAAUUUGCAAGUGAAAACAACGGUAGUGGAUAAGUACCUACUGAUUACAGGAUAUUUGACUUGUAGUUUGUAUGCAUGUUAAACCGCACUGACAAGGUAUUGUUCAGACCUGCAUACUAUGAGGAUAAAUUCCAGCUUUUUCAAAUCCAGAGCGCAUCAGAGCUGGGUGCAUGCACAUUUCCAUGAGCCAUGAAGCAUGCAGCAGUUUCAGGAUACUAGCUCGCAAGUCCAGCUUUGUUGGAGACAGGCCUGGACCCUGCAUCGAACUAUGGAAGACGCUCGCGUUCCAGCGCACAAAACAGUCCUUCAGUUCCUUUUUGAAGACGCUGUUAGACACUAAAUCAUAUAAUAGAUUGUAUGCCGUUCACCGGAUCGCAAUUGAUGUGACGGGAUCGCGAAUUUAAGUGCCCGCAAAAUACCUUUCGUGCCAGUGGCCUAUCAAAAUGCGAAAAUAUUUUCAACACUAAAAACAAACACUUAUGCAGUAUUCCUCAGUGCCAUCCUCAAUAUCGUAGCCAGUGCUCUACACACACUACCAAAGCUAGUGAGGACACCACUGAGGAAUCUCCUCUACGUUCAUGCAAGUGGGCCAUGAUCUGGCAUUGACCUAUCUGAUAGCGCCCUCUUUUUGUGCACAGUGGUGCAUAGUAUAGUAAUAAAUUGUUGACAAGUGGAAAGUCCAGAGGCCCCGUGAAACUAACUCGAGGGUGGCGGGGAAUUGUCCCACCGCGAACCACUGGUAUUUUUUAACACGAGUCUGCCUCUUGCUUGAAAUGCUAGCGGCUACCAAUCUGAGGCUUCUCCCACGAUCACUGUUCCUUUGUCAUAGUACUAUCUUGGAAAGUGCUGUCCUAAUUUUGUUCCACACCACCAUCCUUUUUCCUUGACAUUCAUACAUCUUGCUGUGAUUAUCACGAUGCACAAGGCUUCUUUGAGGCACGUGUCUGCACAGUCCAAAUAAUUGAGGUUGAUUCAGUUGUACAUUUCCUUAUGUUUUUAACGUUUUCAAGCUGAGUACUAGUACAAUUCUUCUUGUGGUUUGGUUUUCACAGAUGCAGCACUCUGUGUGUGUGUGCUACAUAAUUACAGCUUGUUCAAAGAUGUGAUUGCUUCUUUAGCAUGAGCAGGUAUGUGAUAGUGCAGCUUUGCGGUUUUCUCAUGCAGUUUCCUUGUUUGAAGAGUAAUUGGAGAAAUGAAAUGAAGUAUGUAUGCUAGGUACCAAAUACUCACACAGUGGUCUGCAGGGAACUUGGGUAAAGUUGGCUCAACUACUUAGAUUUGUCACAUGACGAGAAUGAUGUGACACCUCCUAAUUUUAAAACAUCAUUGUGUUGAAACAAAAGCAAUGACUCUCCUUGUCAAUGCACGGGAAUGCAGAAAACAGCCUAAUCUCUCCUUGUAAUGUCAGUUAAGUGUGGUACAAUUAAGGGUAAUCACAAUGUAUGGUUCUGUGUCACAGUAGCAGACUGUAAAGCUCUCCUCUGUACACAGUUUCAAAAACUGCACCUAAUGUUGUUCAUAUGUAAGCGAUUAUAGCGGAAGUCAAACAAGUAUGCACAUAAGUUGCUGUGCAUUUGAGAUGUGCUGAUGUUAAGACAGGCAAUGAUAUUGAUGGUACUGUUUGUGCAUUGUCUUCAUGUAUGGAAAUGCUUCUAAUUACAGGAAAUUAAUUCGAAUACCCCUAGACACCACGAUUAGGACACUUGUUGUAGGACACCUAAUUGUUCCGCAUAUCUGAAUGUUUCAUAAUGCUUGUAAAACAGUUUUAUUGUUGGUGUACAGUCAACCCUCGACUAAUGAACGCCCAAUUUAUUCUGUCAUGUUAUGAACAGCAUCCUCUGGUGUGUGACGUGUCCCUCACAUUGCCCUUUGUUUUAUGAACCCUCAAUUUCUGCACCGUGAAUACAUUUUGGGGAAACGAACCUGGCGCUCCCUAGUGUUUUGGACCGCAAUUUCAAAUAACCUAGGACAUGUCAGCUAGGUCAACAAAGCACCACAGAAGCUGAACACAAACCAGCUAUGUGCCAGGAGGAGUGACUCGGUUUGUGUGGUCUGAACGGAUAAACAGUGGUCCUCCUGGGCAGAUUGGGAGCACGAGAUUGAAAGUUGUCUUGGGCACCAGGACUGUGCACUGUGCUCACACUUUCUGUGCGACUAUGUUUCCCUGGGGUUGCAACCCUAAGUUCUACUCCUUGUGACCUUUGCUUUUUUUUCCCGGUCCAUUUAUGCCCAUUUAAGAUAUUAACUAUUUCACGAGCAAGAUAGUCGAUAUAUGUUAAACCUUCUUGUGGUUUCUAUCAAGUAUCAUUUCCUUCCAUUAUAAUGCUUCACGUCCCCUCUAUUCAUUGAAGACAUCGAAUUUAUGAACAAUUUCCAAUAAAUUUUGGCUGUUCACAUAUUGAGGGCUGACUGUGUUAUGUAGAAGGCUUAGGGCAGAAGGCAAUGUCACUGUCAGUAUCCAAACUGCUGCUGUUCAAUGGUGAGCAAUAAAAAUGCAUUGUGAAAGAAUGCUCUAAUUUUCACUAAACUUAAGGUCAAGGUUUACGAGCAAUUAUGUGACACUUCACUUCUGUAGCAGUGGUGUGUCCCUUAAUAUUCCUGCAUAGGUUUGCCGUUUUGUUUUGGAGCUCCAGCUGUUCCAAUCACAUACAUAGUCACUAAUGUUUAAUGAGGUUCUUGCUGUUGAUGCAAGCUGCAAUAACAUGAUGUUACCUGUUCUAAACAGAGCUCAGUAGAAGUGCUACCUAUCUUUUGUCAUUUAAAUGAGCGUAAGCAUGCUCCGCUGAGGUAUUCUCUGGACCUUUACUAGUCAGAAGUGUCUUGCAUUGAGUAUGACCUGUUUGUGUAAUUUGGUUGCAAACUGAUUAGAUUUUGAAUGCGUACGAUUUGUGGAUAUCUAUCCUACACUAGAGUGUAAUUACUGGACAUAUUUGUUCUGAUCGACCAAGCCCUUCUCGACUCAAAAGGUUGUGAAUGAGAUAAGAUACACGGAUUACAAAGUGCAUGGGAAUUCGACAUCAUGCCCUUGCAAUAUAUCUUGUGGGAUGCAAUUUUUUAAGCAUGUUCAAAUUCACAAAUUGUAUACGUAUUCAGUCAGAUGGAGGAAAUGCAAAAAAUUACCACCGUCUGGUUAUAUUUACUCUGUGGUUGACAUGUUCUCUGACUUAAUAAUUUCAACAAUUAGCUUUCGGCGCAGCAUUUUGUUGCUUCCACCUGAUGGUGACAUGUGUCGAAUGGUUGUGGACAACACGAAAAGAUACAUUAGUGUACUAUGACGGAAAUUUUUGUGUUAGUUUUAUUGUCGAGAUUGAGAUUUUCCCUUUUACAACGCUCUGCAAGACGGAAUUUUUUUGCAGUAAAUUGACUACAUCCAGUGUAGGAGCUUCUGAAGGAAAGGUCUUUGUUAGGCUCGAUAAGCAGGGCGACUGGACAGACUGAUGCCCCUUUUCCAUUUUACCCCAAAGUUAAAAUCCUUGCAGGUUGGGGAUGCAUAUUAAAAGCGAUAAAACCCCCAGUGCGAGGGGACAACAAAAGGAUGAAGGUUGUAUCAGUAACCCUUCUGUAUUCCUUUCCGAUAAGGUGAGGAACUUUCUCGUGACCUAUGUGCUGCUCCAUGGUUCUGGAAUGUUCGACAGGAGAGUGAAGGGUAGAGAGUUGUUGUAUUAUAAAAGGGGGAUGUACAUAAAAGGGGGAACAAAAGUCUUUGGUUGGCAGUACAGUGCUGUGUUUGUCUGUCCUUCGUGGUUUUUGUUGUCCCUUCGCACUUGGGAUUUUUAUCGCUUUUAAUAUGCAUUUAUGAUGUGUUUGGUUUUCAAGAUGUGCGGGCUGUUGUCAAAUGGGUGAAUGCACCUGAGUAGAUGAAAUUUUCUACAAUAGCUCUUAUUAGAUUUUGUAAUUUGGGCAUUUCUCUGACGGAAACAAACAUGAAAAUCCACAGGAUGCAGGUGCGCAAGAGCUACAUUUUUCUAAAUGGUAUCACAAAGGUUUGUAACACGAGUGUUCGGGAAACCUUGUGUCUGCCCAUUGCCUUGAAACCUCUGUGGCUACAGGUGCAGGAGUCUACAUUUGACUAAGCAUUGUAUAGCUUCGCACAAAACAUUCUACAAAGGAAGCACACUGCAGAGCAGCUAGAGCAAGGCAAAUGAACAAUUUGUAUCCCAAGAUCGAGGUGGAAAGACGUAUAUUGGAUAUUCAGGUCGCCGUCUUUCUGCUCUAACUGUAUUGGCAGGUGAGCGAAUGAGCAGAGCGAACGAAGCGAUAUGAGCUUCCUCGAGAGAAUAUUUUAAUUGGAUAGGUGAGCUCAAGUGUCCGCCAUCUACGCACUGGCAAGGUUAUGGUGAGAAGCUCUGAAUUCUGUUUUGUUAUGAGGUACCUUUUGUGAAUGUUGACUGAAUGGUGAUGUUGUAAUGCAUGAUGUUCCUCGUUAUGAUAUCUCUUAGAUUUCCCUGUUGUUAUCUUAAAAUAUUUAAAUGAAUGCAGCUCACCUAUGACAAGGGAGAGUACUAACAAAAGCCAUAUCAUACUUUGUAGGAACAUUUGAUGUCAGUGUGCCUGUCCAGUUAUUCAAGGUGACUGGAUAUGUUCCUUCAGAGUUGUGCCCUCAAAGAGUGUUGUAUACGAUAAGCGGACACGGACAUGAAAGUAUGGUAUUCGUAGCUGUACUUGAAGCCUCAAUGGAGUCAUGUUGUACCUGUGCUUGAUGUAGAUAGAUAGUUGUAUGAAAAGGACAGAGUGUGGUCCCAUUCUUCACAUUAUGUCGUUUUUAUUAAAUGAAUAUGUGCUUUUUUUAUGUGUGUGUGAAUCUAAUAUAUAAACUUGUACAUAGAUUUGGACAACAGCUCUGAAAGGGCAUCAUUCAGGCUGCUUUAGGGAACAUAAUCCAAGCUGGCCUGAUAUGUAUCACCUAGGAAUUUUUUCUUUAUCUUAAGCAAAGGCUUGAGUUGAGGAUUACAGGUGAUGUCGUAUGAUGUCAACAUUGUUAUGAGAAAGAGAAUAAAAUAUCCUUGGGCAGCAUAUUCUUGAUGAAUUGAAACAGCAUGGUCAAACUGGCGAGUCACUGUGGAGCGGCUUACUCCACUUGUAACGAUGGUGAAGGGAAUUCGUAAAUACAAUUGUUAGAGACUGCAGGAAAUUUUGUGAUUUCGUACUCUCACGAUGACUGCUUUAGCACAUGUGCAGUGUAACGGUGCGGUUACGUUUAUGAAGAACAUUGCUAUAAAGCGAGCUUGGCUCUAUCAUUUGCAUGAUGUAUUUGUUGCACAUGUAACUUUUCAGGCAUCCAAAGAGUCAUUGUUCAUGCCUUUUGUGAUUUUGUUUUGAUGAAGUGACAGCGUAAGGUGAUAAUUUGGUUUGAAUAAAAUAUGAUGUUUC